GACCUUUUAUCAACUUUUUCCCGUCUAUAGCACUUCACGAUUGGACAGGAUCUGCUUACAUCUACCGGUAUCAGAAUAGAACUAGGAAUAUGAUUCUCAAGCCUCACCUCUUCACAACGCACAACUUUCGAUUCCAUCAUGGCCCCUGCAGCGAUUUCCAACAAUGAUACCGGCGCGAGCAAGCGGAAACAUGAGCCAGACGAUCAUAAAAAAAGAAAACGAGCGAGGCGAGACUCGGCGUCGUCGAGACAUGCUCUGGUCGACGUAGCCCCCCAAAGCAUAGCAAGUAACCGGGCGAACGCCCUACCACAGUCAUCCGAGAAUCCCACCAACGCGACCAUCGCUAUCUCCGCAAAAAACAAGGAACGAAAAGGCUCAAGGAGGAGAGACGACAAGAAAGGCCAUGACACCGAUUAUGUAACAUGGAGAAUCCAGGAGCCCCUCGGAGGGAGGAUGCUGAAUAUAGAUCCAAUCCUGACCGACGACGAAAAACACUUAAUACUUGCGUACAAUACUUCCAUUCAGGUAUACUCGGCGAAAGAUUCGCUUCUAGUGCGCAAGAUUCCCCUGCCGAUGCCGGCAAAGAAGAAUUCAAGCCCUCAAGUAGUCUCGAUGUGCCUAUCGCCGAGUUUGUCGCAUAUCAUAUGGGUCGCCUCGUCUUCGGGUCACCUGUGGUCAAUAGAUUGGACCAAUGGCAAAGGAUCCGGGUCGCCGAUGCGGCUUCGGGACCUAUUUCCACACGAUAUGGCUGUUGGGCGCGUCAAGAUCGGCCCAGGUUUUCGAGACGUGGUGCUGUUUUCUGCCAAGAGGGACAAGAGCUGGCAGCUUGUCGCCCAGGACGUCCGUGAAUCCGUGCUGGGAGAUUGCAAGGUCCUCGUAACCAAUAAGGAUCCCAUCCAAAACCUUCAGGCCGUCCAAAAUGGGUAUGCUUUAGCAGGGUCGGUGGGCAACAAUGUCGUGCUUGGCACUUUAAAAACUCGAGAGGCGGAUUCUAUCCGGGAACUGGAGUACGAGUUCUUCACCUUUGACUGCAAUGAUGCUAUCGCGUGUUUAGACGUGCGAGUCGCAGACCGCAUACACCUCGAUCGGAAGUCUCUGGCCGAAACCAGCGAUGAGCCCGUGGUGGAUAUCGCAGUAGGCUGUGCCCGCGGGGCCAUCUUCUUCUACAACGACCUUCUACCCCAACUCCGUUUAUUGCGGGCUUCGAAGGUACACAUAUCUGCCCUUCAACCUCGCAAGUAUCACUGGCAUCGCCGGGCGGUUCAUUCAGUCAAAUGGUCGCGAGAUGGUCAUUACAUUCUCUCUGGCGGUUCUGAGACGACCCUGGUGCUGUGGCAGCUCGACACGGAAAGAAUGGACUUCCUACCCCAUCUAUCCGCGUCCAUAGAGAAUAUUGUCGUCUCCAAGCACGGAUCUUCCUACGUCUUACACUUGGACGAUAAUUCGGCGAUCGUGCUUUCGACGGCAGAAAUGCAGCCUACGACAUACGUAUCUGGAAUCCAGGCUCUAAUCUCCCCCCGACCGUUCUCGAAAGACGACAUGGUUCUUAGAGUUGGGCGAUACACUACGACUAAUCUCUUUAAAACGCCCGCUACUGUCAACCCAGCCGAUUCGUCACGAUUCCAAAUCUGCGUAGGGAACGGACAGCAGAUCGGUUAUUCCGGCAGUGGCCCCUCUACUCCGAUGAUCCAAACGCUAGACCUCACCACCCUGCAGAGCAUCUCCAAGCAAGCACUGACUAGAACGAACCCGACGGAUGUCAACAUGACGACCAGAGGCUUUCCCGUCACAGAACCCCGCAUCACCAAUAUGGCGUAUUCGGCGGAUGGCAAGUGGCUUGCUACGACCGACGAGUGGCAGCCGCCGACACGAGAUCUCCACUCUCUUUCGGGAUCCUCAGCGGAUAGACGCGAGGUCUUUCUCAAAUUUUGGGCAGUGUCGUCGGAAGAUCAGAGCCUGGAACUCAUGUCUCGUGUUAAUGCGCCACAUUUUACGGAUCAGAACCAAUCGAUACAUGGGUUGGCUGCCGACCCGCAGGGGCAUCGCUUUGCCACGAUCGGGGGAGACGGGAUCGUCAGGUUGUGGGAGCCGGUGGUAAGGCGACGAGAUGGCGUGCCGGUCAAGGGCAAGCAAGGACGCCAGCUGCUAGACUGGAUAUGCUCCCGAGCUAUAUGCCUCCAGGGCGACGAGGAACCUAUCGUCCUAGACACGACAGCUGCCAAGGCUCAUCAUCGGUGUUCCGGUGCCGUCUCCUUUUCCGAAGAUGGAUCUACCCUCGCCUGUGCCCUUGACACGGAACGAGGCUCGAUGACCUACAUUAUCGACGUAGAGUCGGGCAAGAUUCGAAACCGCCUGGACGGGCUCGCGAAAGGCGACGUACGUGAUAUCAGGGUGCUCUCAUCCUGCCUGGUGGUGCUCUCGGACUGUCUCGUAGUGUACGACUUGGUCCUCGACGAACUACGCUACGGAGUUCAACUGAGGGCAGACGAAGGGUCUAGCAGCCCGGGGCCGUCUAUUCUCACGCUCAUGGCUGUCGACUGUCGUACUUGUACUUUUGCAGUAGCCGUCUCUCGGGCCAAAGCCAAUUCGACCACUGUACCCUCAGAGCUUGCUGUGUUCUCUCUAGAUCGGAGCGAGCCGCUGAUAGUGCAAAAGUUUACACACCCCAUAACAUCAAUUGUCUCCUUGGUUGGAUCCAGUGGCUACCUCGUCCUCGAUUCUGCUGCCCAACUGUGGCCGGUGAGCCAAGACAUGGAUACCAACGCGCUCGCCUUUGCACAGCCGCUGGUUAAUCUCAACCUCGAUCAGCAGGAGGUGGAGGCGCUGCCGGAGAACAACCACGCGAUACCGUUGCUGGCUGACGGGGACGACGACGGCGAGCCCGCGAGCGCCGACGAGAUGGACGUUGACACGCAGGAUGCUAUAGAGGAAGAGGAAGCAGGCACAUACCCGGCCGUCAUUUCGCAGCAGAGACUCGCAGAGGUGUUCGAUAUCGCGCCGGCAUUCGCCAUGCCACCGAUCGAAGACACGUUCUAUCAGGUCGCAAAGCUGCUUUCUCGGAGGCCGUCGGUGCAGGUAGCAUGAGGAUAGUUCCGUAGAGGGAAACGAGGAGGGGUGGAGUGGUGUUGUUGACUCGGGGAAACACGGAGAGGGCCAUGCAGACACAUUACUGCUAGUAGGGGGGGGGGGGGUUCCGUUUAUUUGGGGGAAUACCUGGUGUAGUAUCUAUUUAAGACCG